GUUUUUCUAUUACAUUUGUUUGGUCGUGUCCAUCUCAGGAACUAAACAUGGUGGCACAUUUAUUUCGAGAAUGGUGUGUAAUGGUAUCCAUGAUUUUACAUCAUUUGGCCAUUGGGUUCGUGUUGUCGUACCCUGCGGUCCUCACUCCGGCAAUCACUGCCGAUACUACGAAUGAUGCAACUGAUGUACAUGCCACUAAAGGAGAAGCCUCUUGGAUUGCGGCGGCCUUCAGCAUGACAGGCGGUGUCGGCUUCCUCCUGCUCCCUCCACUGAUGCAGAUCUACGGCAGAAGAUUCAUCAACGUCACUAUGAACCUGGUCAUCUUCACAGGCUGGGUCAUCAUCGCCCUGGCCCCCAAUGUGCCAACUAUUAUUGCAGGAAGAACUAUUCAAGGUUUGUCCUUUGGAGGGCUGUACAUCUGCAGUAUUCUAGCAGGAGAAUACAGCCAUCCCAAGCGAAGAGGUUUCUUCAUCAUAUUCAAGAUUUCUGCGACUGGUAUUGGCGAAUUAAUUUGCCAUGGAUUUGGGUUCUCUGUGUCUUGGAGGCGGAUGGCCUGGAUAGCAUCUGUUCCACCAGCUUUAGCCGCGCUAGGAACUGUAGUGUGGCCAGAGAGUCCGCAAUGGUUGGCGUAUAAAGGCCGCUUCGAUGAAUGCGUGUCCUCGUUCGAAUGGCUUAGAGGAAACGGUGCGGAAGCGCAAAAGGAAUUGAAAGAAAUGAUAACAGCGCAGCAAGAACUGAGAAAUAUGAAAAAGUCGAGGAAAUCUGGAGCUUUGAUGAGGAAUUUACAAGCGAUGAAGUCUAAGGAGUUUUUGAAACCUUUUACCGUGGUGUUAAUGUUGAUCAUCUUGACUCAAGUGUGUGGCAGACAUUAUCUGUUAGCUUAUGUGGUACAAAUAAUGAUCUCUUUAACGGGUGACGAGUCACAAGCCUACUACUAUACGAUAGGGUUGGACGUGAUGAAAAUACUAGCUGUACUGACAACGAGCUACAUCGUAAGGAUAUUCAAACGACGCCAUUUAUUGUUGUAUUCGAGUGUUGUGGCAUGCGUUUUACUAAGUUUAGUCUGUUUGUUCCAUUUGUUACAACAGAAAAGUAUUCUGACCGUACCUUGGCUGACUCCCUUACUGUUGAUUCUGUACAAUAUAGUUUGUUAUUUAGGUGUUAUACCAGUUUCUAUGGUGUUGAAGGGAGAAUUACUUCCCAUAGAAUAUAAAGGAUUAGGCACAAGUGUUUUAGGUAUAUUCUAUGCUUUGUCAAGCAUGAUUUUAAUCAAAUCUACUUCAAUAAUGCUCGAUGCGAUUGACGCUCACGGGACAUUUGGAGUGUACACAGUAAUAGCAGUUAUUUGUAUAGGUUUUUUAUAUUUCAUUUUACCAGAAACCAAAGAUAGGACACUGCAAGAUAUUGAGUUAGAGUUUGUAGAUAUUAGGAUGCCAAAAGAAGAUGAUCAUUUAGAAAUGAGUGCUGUGGCUAACAGUAAACUAUUGACAGUUAGUUAAGUUCAACCAGUGUAAUGUUCAUGAAAUAGUUUAAAUCUGAGGAUAUUAAUUAAGGAGACGGACAGAGAAGAUUGUAUGAUAAUAGAAAGGUACAAAAGAAUACUAACUAUUUAGUUAGAAGUAUUUGAAAGUGACUGAAAGUAAAGCAUUUCAUCAUUUGAUUGGAGUAUUGUGUCCAAACGAACUAGAAUUAGUUUCAACAGUAAAAUUUUAACUAAUCUUAGCAAUUUACUUUUCAAUAACUUUCAAAUGUCGAGUUUACAGUUCCAAUCUGUAAUUAUAAUAGAGUUCAGAGAUCCAAGCAAUUAAGUUUUGGACAAUAGUUCUCGUAAACUAAACAAAACACUAUAGAAAUCAGACACUUUAAUAGGUUUUCCGUCGAAGGGUCCAAAAGGCCCUCAGAAGGAUAACGAAGGGGCGUUCCCAGCAGCCCAAUUAAGGGUUAUUUAGCCCCACGACAUUUGAUAUCUUGGCUUGACUUGCCCAUUGAGAAAUUCUACGUACUUUAGUGUUCGUGACAUUUUUGUGCCUAUAACUCUUGUUUUAGAACAAUGACUCAUAAUUAAGCUAUAUAUUUUUUUAUUUAAUGUAAUAAAAAUAGCUAAAUAUUAGAUUAAUAUUGUUGAUAGAACAUUAAUGGUGGCGAUGGUCCAGUGACAGUCGCAGAUGACAUCACGUUUGUAAUGGAUGUCACACGCGAUCGAGAGCAUGGUGCGACACUUGUAACACUCGAUCGAAAUUACGUAAUAUUGCUGACACUAGUCAUGACAGUCGUGACAUCCCCUGACUCUUGACGUAUUUGUCCAAGAAGAGGAUACACGAUUAAUUAAUGGUAGAUAUAUGUGUCAGUGAAUACAGUUGCUAAUAAUGUCAGUGUAGGCGUCCUUAGUUUUGUCAAAAAUAAUAUUGUAAAUUAUACCUAAGCAAUACGGAGAUUUGAAACCAUUGUAUAAGAAGUAAUAAGAGUAGUUUCACCAAAAUAGCCUUGUUUAAGUGGUAGUUACUUCGCUACGAGCUUCUAAAAUGUAAUUAAACAUUAUAAUUGAAUUAAGCAUAAGAAGUAACGUUUAAUACAGUUAAAAGUUUACUAAUUUAAUAAACGAUCGUCUAGCCAAUAGCGAGGCUGUUAAAUCUUUUGUUCGCCAGUUAAUUGUUGUUUUAAUUAUUUUACGAGAACCUUUUGUCAGUAAUUUUGUAAUUAAAUUAUAGUAGAACGCGAAAACUAAUGAAAAUUGUGUGUUGGACGAUAUUUCAUCUCAUUAUUUUAUGUUAAUAGCUGAAUAACCGAAAUGGGUUGUUGUCGUGUACAUUUUAUAGAGGUUAUUACUUGUGUUGACUGCCUCGUUUGUCGAGUAGUCGCAAGUGCGACUGCCCGACAAGGGGUCU